AUGAACCUGUCAAAGCCAUCGCCCUACUCCGCCUCCGAUGCGCCAGGUCUCCUCUACGCGUCCUUCAACCAAGAGUUUGAAGAUGGAGGGAUCUGUAUAGUCGAGAUGCUAUUCCGCUGCAACUAUCUGGCUCUUGUGGGUGGAGGCAAGAACCCAAAGUAUCCGCCCAACAAGGUUAUCAUCUGGGAUGACGAACGGAAUCGAGGCGUGAUCGAGCUUGAAUUUCGGAGUGAAGUCAAGGCGGUCAGACUGCGACGGGACAAUGGACAUAUUCAGAUCGUGGACCUCAACAGUGUCGUCUCAACAACAGCAGUCUCCUCGUCUGCGCCAUCCGCGCCCUCUCCAUCCGCCAAUCCCUUCACUGCGGCAACGCAACAGCAACAACAACAACAACAACAACAACAACAACAACAACAACAACAACAAACGCAACCAAAAUAUCCCAUGGCCAGCACCAAGCCCACAGCCAACAUCUCGAUUAUACCAGCCCAUACCAGCCCACUCUUUUGUCUGGUGACCAACACAAACGGAACCAAAUGUGCCUCUGCCUCGGAUAAGGGCACGCUGAUCAGAGUCUUUGAUACUGGAUCGAGCAAAUUGCUCAACGAGUUUCGCAGAGGUGUCGAUAGAGCUGAGAUCUACAGCAUUGCCUUCAACAGUGACUCUACACGGAUCUGCGCAGGAUCGGAUAAAGGCACCGUUCACAUCUUCAACCUCGAUGGCGCCACAGGAGGAACAAGAGUCUAUCAUGGCGGCGCAGGAUCUCCUUCCGCUGGCCCUCACUAUGGCGAAGUCAUCCAACCACAGCACCCUUCCCAAAUGUCCACCGGCAACCGGCAAUCUAGCUUCGCAUUCAUGAAAGACUUGUUGCCAAAGUACUUUUCGUCCGCAUGGUCAUUCGCACAGUUCAAGGUUGCGGCCGAUUGUCGCUGCAUCUGCGCCUUUGGAGGAGAAAAGAACACUGUCAUAGUGAUCUGCGCGGAUGGGAGCUUUUAUCGGUUCAUGUUUGAUCCUCAAAAGGGAGGCGAGUGUGUCCGGGAGAGCUACAACAAGUUCCUGAAGGAGAGCGACGAUGACUAA